AUGGACGCCGAGAACUCUUUCUACGAACCCCUCGAGAGCCUCAUAAAUCAAGAUGAUAACGCUAUUGAGCGGUCGCUAGAGUGGCUUCUGGCGGAUCUCAAUGGAACAAACGGUUCUCUGCCUGCUAACGUAGAUAUGGAUAGGGGACGGCAGCCAACGGUGCAUGGAAAGAUGAACGCUCGAGAUGAUGAUAAGGAAGAAGGAAUUCCCCAAAUCGAGGGCGAUGGAUCAGACAUUUUCAGACUUUCUCGGCCCAGCUACAGGUUCGAGGUUGCGAUUCCGGAAAUGCCUAUUGAGAAGCGCAACGAGUACUCGGCCGUUCAUAGCGAUAUCGUCGAGUUCAUAUUUGGGGAGCUCCCGCCAGAUCAUGGCAUUAUCAAGUAUCGUGUUGAGUUUACAGAUGGGCGACAAGAGUUGAUAUCUACAGCUGAACUCGUUACCCUUGAGAACGGAAGAGCUGCCUUAGCCCGAUUCAGCCAAGGCCUAUUGCCACACGAACUUGACGACAUGUCUACCCGCAAGCGAAAAUACAUACCAGAUGAUGAGUGGGAUUCUGGACAGGAGUCUGUUGUUUCUGACCGUAUGGAGAUUGAUGCGGAGGAGGAUGACGAGCCCGUUCAGAGAAAACGCUCGUCUCGAAGCGUACCCCGACGCCUUCGCUCCAGGGAGAACACCAAGCAACUUUCACGUAGUCCUGCGAUGAUGGUUGACGAAGAUGAUCUGGAAGAUCUACAGCCAGAGCCUUUAGGGGCCACUAGAUCGUUGAGAACUCGGCAGCCAAGACAACUGACUGGGAUGUCCUUUAAGAACGGCAUCAAUAGUCAAGACCAGGACGAACUGCUUGGUGAUGCCCCUCUUGUUUCAUCGGGCGAGGAAGAUGAUGAUUUCAUGCCUAUGGUUGUCUCCGAUCUUGCCCCCAAGAAAGGACGCCCUAGCAGGACCCGACAAAAAUCGAGGCGUCUUCAAACGGCGAGCAUGCGACAAAAGGCUCGAUCUCAAUUGCGCCAGAAGUCUCAUGACUCAGACAUCGAGUUUGAAGCACCUCGGCGUUCCUCCAGAGCGACAAGGAAUACCCUAAACAUGCGAGAUGAUACCCAAAUGGACGAGGAUUCCUUCUAUAUUGCCGAUGAUAGGGCCCCCAGCGCUCCGAAGAUCAUCUCAAUCAGAGAAGUUUUUCAACCUCUUCCCGCCGACUCAGAGUUUGCUUCCAUGCACAUGGAUACUUGUCACAGUUGCGGUGGCUCACGACAACGGGGCCAAAUGAUUUACUGUCAGGGCUGCACAUUGUCCUACCACAAGAACUGCCUGGGAUACCGCAGUGCUCGCGAGCAUAUGGUUACCAAGGUCGGUGAGGAUGACUUUGUCAUGCAGUGCAGGUUCUGUAUCGACGUCCCAAAUAAAAAGGACGACAGUGCUCCCAGGCAUAGCAUGUGUCAGGCAUGCAAAUCUCCAGGUCGCAGCUGCGCUGCCUUCUCUGAAAAGAAGACAUCUCGACAAGAGGAGAAGCUUCGUGAACAGAACGAUGGCAUUGACCCAAUCACUCAUGUUCCUCCGGAACUUCUUAACAACGCUGAUGCUGUCCUCUUCCGAUGUGCUUCAUGUCAUCGAGGCUGGCACGUUGAUCAUCUUCCGGGCGCUAGAAGCGGAACAAUCGGAACAGAUCUUAAGUCUGAGCGCCUGCAGGACCAUUCGAUUGACUGGCAAUGCAAAGAGUGCGCAAAUGCUAGGCACAAGAUUCAUCGACUCGUGGCAUGGCGUCCGAUACCGAUAGAGUUUGCCAAACAAAUCCCUCGACCGAUGUAUGCUGAGAUUCGAGAGGACGACAAAGAAUACCUGAUCAAGUGGGAAAGUCGAUCUUAUGCUCACUGUGACUGGAAGCCGGGUGCAUGGGUGUACGGCGUGGCAGCGUCCACGAUGCGUACAUCCUUCGGAAAAAGAGACAUUGAGCAGGAUUUGAUGAAACUUAGUGAGCAAGAAGCCAUUCCGGAUGAGUUUCUUAUGCCAGACAUAGUUCUCAACACCAGAUUGGACCCAUCACUUCCAAGACCAAAGACAAAAAAAGACGAAUUAGAGAACUUGGCCAACGUCAGCAAGAUCUUUGUCAAGUUUCAAGGUCUUGGCUACGACGACGUUGUGUGGGACACGCCGCCAUCAGAGGAUGCAGGCGAUAUUUAUGCUUCCUUUGUGGAGGCUUACUAUGAGUAUGUUGAGGGCAAAUACUUCAAGAGUGAACCUCAGCACAAGAUCAGAGAACGAGUCAAGACUUACAAGGCCGAACCGUUUGAGGAGAUCAACGAGCAACCUGCUGGCCUCAAACGCGGAAAGCUCAUGGGAUAUCAAAUAGAAGGAGUCAAUUGGUUGUUGGGGAACUACCAUUCAGGCCGCAGUGUGGUUCUCGCAGAUGAGAUGGGCUUGGGAAAGACUGUUCAGGUUGUAGGUCUUGUGACUUCAUUAGUCCAAGACAGCCCCAAGUGCUGGCCUUUCCUUGUUGUUGUUCCGAAUGCCACAUGUCCGAAUUGGCGCCGUGAGUUCAAGCAGUGGGUGCCAGAGCUGCGAGUGGUCGCCUAUCACGGCGGAAGAGAACCGCAGGCACUUGCUUACAAGUACGAGCUGUUCCCCAACGGAUCUACUGACAUGAAGGCACACGUUGUGAUCAUGUCCUAUGAUUCAGCACAGGACCCCGCGACAAAAACCCUUUUCAAGUCUAUCAAUUGGGCAGGGCUUGUGGUUGACGAGGGUCAGCGCUUGAAGAAUGACCAGAACCUUCUAUAUGGUGCUCUUCGCUCAAUGCGAAUUCCUUUUCGACUUCUGCUUACUGGCACACCACUCCAGAACAAUAAGAGGGAGCUGUUCAAUCUUUUACAGUUCAUUGAUGAGAAGCAGAAUGCCGAAGAAUUGGACGCAGAGUAUGCGGUUCUUGACAAGGAGACGCUACCGAAGUUACACAACAAGAUUCGACCAUACUUCCUUCGCCGAACCAAAGCAGGCGUUCUCAAAUUUUUGCCUCCCAUGACACAAAUCAUUCUGCCAGUCACAAUGACUGUGAUUCAGGAGAAGCUUUCGAAGAGUAUCAUGGCCAAAAAUCCCGAGCUCAUCAAGGCCAUGUUCUCUAACAGCAAGAUGAACAAGAAGGAACGUGGAUCUCUCAACAACAUUCUAAUGCAGCUGCGGAAAUGCCUCUGCCAUCCUUUCAUGUACUCCGAAGCUAUCGAGGAGCGUCACCAUGAUCCUACAGUAAUUCAACGCAACCUGAUCGAGGCAUCGGCCAAGCUCCUACUUCUCCAAGUCAUGCUUCCGAAACUCCAGGAAAGAGGGCAUCGCGUGUUGAUCUUCAGUCAGUUUUUACAGCAAUUAGAUAUUAUUGAGGAUUUUCUCAAUGGCCUAGGCUACGAUUUCCGCCGUCUCGAUGGCAGUAUCAGUAGUCUAGAAAAACAACGUCGCAUUGAUGCCUUCAACGCCCCUGACUCGCCCAUCUUUGCGUUUCUGCUUUCGACAAGAGCUGGUGGUGUUGGUAUCAAUCUCGCUACUGCAGAUACAGUUAUUAUCCUCGACCCUGAUUUCAACCCACACCAGGAUAUCCAGGCAUUGUCCCGUGCUCAUCGUAUUGGACAGAAGAAGAAGGUCCUUUGUUUCCAGCUCAUGACCGUAGACUCGGUCGAAGAAAGAAUUAUGCAAAUCGGUAAGAAGAAGAUGGCUUUGGAUCAUGCCCUGAUUGAAAGCAUGGAUGACGACGAACUUGCUGGUGAUGAUCUGGAGUCUAUAUUGAAACACGGCGCCCAAGCCUUGUUCAACGAUGACUACGAAAAGAAGUCUAUCCACUAUGACUCUGCUGCUGUUGAUGCACUUCUAGAUCGAACAGGCGAUACAGAAAGCAAAGCUGACGAUGGGGCAUCCUUCUCUUAUGCCAAGGUAUGGUCCAACGAUAAGUCCGGCUUCGAGGCUGGACUUGCUACCGAAGAGACGGCUGAGCCAGAAGCUAUCAACUCAAGCGUUUGGGAUCGUAUUCUGGCUCAACGUGAGGCAGAAGCACAGCGUCAAGCCGAAGCAAAUCGGGAGGUUCUCGGUCGCGGUGGUCGACGUCGACAGGCUAUCAACUACAAGACGAACGCCCUAGAUAACCCUAUCCCUGGCGAUGCCGAAGCUGAGCCGUCAGACUCCUCCGAUGACUUUGCUGGCGGUGACUCUGGAGAAGAGUCUGAGGAGGAAGAUCCGUCACUGACAAAAGACGCCGAAGCAGACCUCCACAACCUCAAAGCAUCCAACGCAGGUAACGCCAGACCGCAGCAAGUCGUUGGCGACCAGCAAAAAGCCAGUCGCAGGACCCGGCAAGAAACGCCAAACAACCACACCAAACAGCAAAAGCAGCAGCCAACGGGGCAAAUCAGUGACACCCAAAACUCCAAGCAGCAACGGAGUACCCAAGACAAACGCACAGCGAUCCCCGGCUACCCCACGCAAAACCCCUACCGACAAGCGAGUGGCCCAAUAAAUACCGGAAUGCCUAUUGACUUCACACGAUACAUCAAGGGUAAUUACCUCUACCAGGGCAAAUCUACAGAACCUGUACCACCUGAGCGGGUGAUUCCCACCCAACCCCAUGCUCCUAACAACCAAAUAGUUGAUUACAGAUAUAUCCGCCUUCGCUCAGAAGCCGAAGUUAGAGUAGCCCUUGAUUGGGUCCAACGUUCGGAACCUGAGACUGAGGCGGCAUCAUGCACGCGGAGCUGGGUACCCAGUGAAGGAAGAUGGCAAGCUAUCAAUAUAGGGAGGCCAGAUGAUAGACAGCAUAGCACAGGCGAAGGGCUUCGGAAUGAAAACUUUCAUGAAUGCACACAUGAGCCUAGUUCCUCAUUUGAUAUUUUCGGUCAAGUGUUUGAUGGCAAUCGUGAUCUCGUGUUCAUCGCUGGGCUCAAAUUCCGUCCCAACACCUCCUCAUCUCUCAACAUUAUGAAUCGACCAAGUUCUAUGGAUCUUUCUCAGCCUUCCUCCAACAACCACUUUCAUGUGGUUGGUGGCAGCGGUUAUCCUGUUCAAGUGUCUUAUGGAGGCUGGCAGCAGAACACUCAAGUCUCCCAGCUUUCUGCUCCACGAAGCAUGAUAUCUGGCAACUGGCGAGGUUCUCCGCCAUCUGCAAAUCCCAUGAACAGCACUGUUCCCGGUACUAAGCACUCGCUCAUGGGUUCUCCAGCUAAUCCCUCUCCUUCCAACGGCGACGGCGGGCCCGUGAGCAUCUCUGAUUGCCUCAACGGCUAUGCGUACUGCGUGAAGCGACCUGACGGGCUGUACACGAGACUAAUUCCGGCAGACAUGGUCCCAACCCUCAUCGAGCUGCCUGCUACCCAGACAAGCGCCCAGGGAAUGAUACUGCUCCCGAACUUACACAUGCAGCCACCGCGAGGGGUUCCUGGGAUGAAUCAGCCUGUCACAUUCAAGGCUCCAACUGGCCCAGCAUCUGAUAUCCUCCAGACAAGGAUUGAUCGUAUCGUUGCAACAUCACCCACUCAGCAACGCAGAACCAAGAUCUAUUGCGACAAAUGGAUUCACGACGGCACUUGCGCCUUUACUCAGCAGGGCUGCAAGUACAAACACGAGAUGCCCUUUGACAAGGCUACGCAACAGUCUUUGGGCCUGUUCCAUGGGUUCCCCAAGUGGUGGCGAGAUCACCAGGAAGACCUUCAGAAGCACCGCAAUCAAGACUUGCCGGCCAGUAGCAGCCAAGCCAUCCUUCAGCCUGGCUGGCGAGCUGAUAGCAACGAGGAUGCCCCUCAGACCGUUACAGUCCUGUCUCCCAUCGGCCCUGAGAGAAAUCAGAAAUCAAGCAAGGGAAAUCGCCGCUCUCAGACUCGUGAGGGGCUGUUUACUGCUCCGGCAUGCGAGAAGCGCCUACUAGCAGGUUCAGAGACUGACUGGUUCAUGACUUCACCGGCAAUUCAGGGCUGGAACGGAUCUUCGCCUCGCCCUUCUUCCGUCUCAGCUGGUCAUUAUAUUCGCCAGUAA